GUUUGUUGUGGUGGAGGAGGCCGCUGUGACGGCGAGGCCCGGAGGGGAGAAGGCCAGGCUGUCCCCAUGAGUUCUUCUGUGGAGGAUGUCCAUGAUCCUCUUUGCCUGUGUGGUGCGGGUGAGGGAUGGACUUCCACUCUCUGCCUCCACGGACUUCCACCUAGACCAGGACUUCUUGGAAUGCAGAAAGAGACUAAAGGCUUUGUCAUCCAUUCUGACACGUUAUCCAAAUCGUGGUACAGCCAAAGAACGUGACCUCAGCAUACACUUCCAUUCUUCCGGAGACAUUGCCUGCAUGGGCAUCUGCAGCAGCAGUUACCCAGCUGUCAUGGCGUUUUGCUUUCUGGACGAGCUCCAGUGGGAAUUUGCCACUUCCUGUGAUGCUACCAGUGUGGGCCUGGUGUCCAGACCGUAUGCUUUCCUUGAAUUUGACAAUGUCAUUCAGAAAGUCAAAAGCCGUUUCAAUUACACAAACUGCACUCAGACAAAGUUCAACUUGGAGAGAAUCCAAGAAGAGCUUCGCUUGCAGCCUCCGGCGCUUGUGAAGUUGGAAGAUGCGGAGGUGAUGAAUGGGAUGGUGAACGGCCAUGCAGAGCACCAUGUCGAGACGGCCCCCGCGUACAGAAUGCAACCUGUGUCUGCUGUGGGAAUCUUAUCUCUUGUCCUCAACAUCAUGUGUGGGGCGUUGAAUCUCAUUCGCGGCGUUCACCUUGCGGAGUAUUCGUUUCAGGAAGAUCGCAAAGGAAUUGGAAAUGUAAUAGCAUUUCUUCUCCCUUUUGUAGCCUGCUUUUUAUUGUGCUACCUUUACCUGUUCUACAGCUCAGCCAGGAAGAUAAAGGUCUUUGUACUUUUUGUCACGGUCUCUCUAUGCAACAUCUACCUGUAUGGAUUAAGGAACAUCUGGCAGAUACUUUUCCACAUAGCAGUGGCUUCUCUUUCUUCCCAUCAGAUACUAUCGCGACAAGUUGUGGAGAAGCAGCCAGACUUUGGAGGAGUAUGAAAAAAAAAAACACCCACACACAUGGAAUUCCAUAUGGGGUAUUUUAAAACUUCUGAUUUGACAGGGUGUUGGGUGCUGGUGAAAACCAGCUUGCGUAACGUGGCGGGUUUUUAACUCUGGCUCUCCCAGGAGAAUGGGUUUUUAGCAUAUAUCGGUCAUAGAUUUGUAGGACCGGACAAACAGGCAGAAUCCUCUACGCGUCAGUUCUUAACGCACAUCAUCCAGAGGAGGAUCUGAAUGUCAUGUCUGAAGUGAAGUAUGUCUGGAGACUUUAUCAUGGGUACGGUCUGUAUGUGUGCCUGCCUUUCAGAAGAAGGGCAGGGUGCAGCUGUAAACAAUCAGGAACAAACCAGCUUAACCAGCAACCAAACCGGAACACACAAUCUGGCCCGUAGUAUUUCGCAAGCAGAGAGCAGAAGACACGGUGCAGUUGGCUCUGGGCGACACCAGAGAAUCAGCCCCUGUCCCACCACGGGAGAAGAUGCAACUAAGCCCUGCCUACAGUGAUGGUCGUGGCUGCAUGCCCGCUUGGAAACCUCUGAGGCAAGGCCCCUGAAACCAUGUUCCAUUUGGUCAGACAUCCAUCCACUCAUAGGGCACCGCUGAGUGGUCAGCCUUUGGACUCCUGCUAGUUGAAGACCCUGGUUUUCUUAAUUGAACGGUUUGUGUCUUGUCUGCAAGUCCUUGAAUGGUAAGGCAUGGUUUGCAUGCAUUAGAUGAAUAGUCACGACCGAGUUGAGGACAAAUCCUAAUGUAUGUACUAGAAGUAGUGGGUGGGAAAGGCGUUGUUAACAGUGCCUUUAAGCACCAUAUAGGGUGGAGGCAUACCUUGACCCAUCCUGCUUGGACAUAUCCUAUUCAGCAUUUCAGCUCUGGCCUGGAUGUGGCUAAAGAAGGCCUUGAGGGUGCAGUGGAGCAAUGGAGCGGUCCAUGCUGGCUGUGACCAUCAAGUAAUGCUUUCUGCGCUUGAUGUGCUUAGCCUUGUGCCUCCUUUCCACACACCCUUGCCCACAGCCAUUGGUUUUAUAGGACAAACGGGUGGGCGAACAUCCUGGGAAGAAUGAAUGCCAGGCAAUUGUCUUGCAGAUGGGGAUCAGGUACCCCAAAUGAGCACCUUGACUCCCUGUGCAGGUACACCUUUCAGUUUAACUGGAGAGCUUUAAAUAAGGGCUGGGAUGUGUGUCCGCUGCAAACAGCAGGUCUCGGUGGUGGUGGCGUGCCAUGCCCAGUGCAUCCAUCGAGAUUAAAGACUCCCAGCUGCCCCUUAACAAAAACGUAUUUUCAGUCUUCAUGCUAAGGAGGCAAGCCUAUACCAGUGAAAACUUUGUCUGGCAGGGUUUGGGGAGCAGAGAUAAAUCUUCAUUCCAGCUCUUACUGCCUGCCAAUGUCAGUGCCUCCCCCUGACUUCUUGUUUUGCACUGUUUUGCAACCAAACCUAAAGUUUCUAUUCUUGGGAUUACCUUUUAUGUAGGUUGUUCCCAUCCAAAGUGGUAUUUUUGUUGUUGUUUAACAAAAAUAAUAAAUUGGAUUGGAUUUCUUAGAGCAAAAUCAGAUUUGGCCAUCAGCACGAGGUGGGCAGCAGCCUGCUUGGGUCUGAUUCACUCAGGAGCCGUGAUGCAAGCCGUGGUGCAAGUUUCCUUUCUUUGGCCCGCUGAGUGAAAGGAAACUCCACACACACACACACACACCAUCCUGCCCUACGUAGGCCUGUUUCUUUGAUUCAUGCUUGCUUUUUGUGUGGAAAGCGAGUGCAGUUCUCUUUCCUCGGAAGUGGCCGGCUUUCCAAGGGCUUUCUUUCGUUUCUUUCCUGGUUACCUGGGAGUGCUGAAAUAGGAAUGCGUCUCUCGCACUCUGCACUUCCUGAGGCACGUGCAAAGGGGAAAAAAAACUGCACAGCUCCUUGGCAGCGGGGAAUUCAGUGUAAUGUGUAAAGCUGCCUUUAAAUUGAUCAGCUUUCCCCAUAUUUUGAUCCCUGGGUCUUUUGUCUUCCAAACCACCCUCUGCAUUAAAAACUGGAGGUACACUUUUCUCUUGGGCUUCAAAAGCAUCUCCCAGAACAGUGGCCAAGACCUUUGCCCCUUAUGGGGCCGUUACCAUUGCCUCCGAGUGCCCCACACUCCCCUUUCUUUGGUCAUUCAGGGUUCAUGGAUGGAGUGGUGUUUCUCGGAUUCUCCCAUGCCUGUCCACGGCAGCAGAGGCUACAUCUCAGGAACCCAACACAU